AUGACUGCGACAUCAUCAGAGAGAACUCCCCUUCUUGAUACGCCGCACUACCAACAGCAGAACUAUACACAGACAAACACAGCUGACGAUGAGGCACUCCUUGCUCAAGAGAGUGCAUUCAGCGCUGUAUGUGGUGCGACACAUGGGGUAGACCCCAAUUCGUCCUCGUUCAUGCCGCCUGGUGACCUGUCUCAACUGAAUGUGCACGGUCAAAAUACCUCGGCACCAACUCAUUCUCUUAGUGAAUUGCUGCUUAUCAUGGGUGCUAUGUGGGUAGGCACAUUCCUAGCAGCGCUUGACGGGACGAUUGUUGCCACGAUUCUUAGCACAGUCGGCUCCGAAUUUCAGGUGUCAAAAACAGUGGGUUGGCUUGGCACAUCCUACCUUUUGACACAGACCGCAUUCCAACCACUCUAUGGGCGUCUAUCAGAUAUUUUUGGACGCAGGACAGCUACUCUGUUUGCUUCAUCCGUGUUUCUCGUUGGGUCACUACUGUGUGGGCUCUCGCGUACAUUCACUCAGCUCUGCGUAGCGCGAGCGAUUGCUGGUAUAGGUGGCGGUGGCCUCACGUCCAUGGCCACGAUCGUAACGUCGGAUCUUGUGAGUCUGAAAGCGCGUGGCACAUGGCAAGGACUAGGAAAUCUCGUAUUUGCCACUGGUGCUGCGCUGGGCGGUCCUUUGGGUGGUGCGCUUGCUGACGGUGGAAUCGGUUGGCGUUGGGCAUUUCUUCUGCAAGUGCCACUGUGCGUCGUGCACUUUACCGUGGUAUCGAUCAAAGUAAACAUCCCAGCUGGACCGGGCAGCAUGAUGGAAAAGCUGCGCCGUGUUGAUGUGUGGGGCGCUCUGUCGCUUGUGCUUGCCGUAACGGCGCUCCUGAUCGGUCUAAAUCUGGGCGGAAAUGAGCUGCCCUGGUUGCAUCCUCUUGUCCUGCUCUCGCUUCUAGUUGCCUGUGUGUUGCUGUGCCUGUUUGUGUACGUGGAGGCGCAUGUGGCUCGUGAACCAUUGAUGCCCAUGUCGGUCCUGUUUCGACGGACGCCAGGCUUUGUGUCGCUGGCGUGCUGGUUUAUUAGCAUAAGCCAAUUUGGUAUUCUUUUCAAUGUGCCGCUGUACUUCAUUGCGAUCAAGAACACGAGCGUUGCCUCAGCAGGCAUGCACUUGAUCCCAAAUGCCAUUGCGGCAUCGUUUUGCUCGCUCGGCAGUGGCAUCAUAAUGGGUCGCUCAGGCAAGUACCGCCACAUCAUGCUGUUGGGUGGCCUGUGUGCUGUGGUGGGACCUCUGAUGAUGUGCUUCUGGAAUGGACGCACGACAUCCAAGUUCACAUACUGGAUUACCAUGCCAUGGGGCGGAGCCGGCUUCGGCAGUACAUUGACCAUCACAUUGGUAGCCCUGAUCGCCUCUGUCGACCCGAGAGAUAUGGCGCCCGCCACAGGUGUCACAUACCUGUUCCGUGCAGUUGGCUCCGUUUUGGGUAUUUCCUUGUCGAACUCACUGCUUCAGAAUGCACUCAAAUAUCACUUGCGCAAGGCAUCCAUUCCGUCUGAAAUUAUCGAAGCUAUACGUGAAGAUGUCGGUACACUCACACAGUUAACGGGCAAGCUUCACAAACGCGCACUCUGGGCUUAUGAAAACUCGAUGCAUGCCGUGUUUGUGUGGAUCCUGCUGACAGCUGGGAUGUCAUUUGUGUGUCAGUUCUUUAUUGAGGAAAAACCCCUGCCUGGACAUGCGCCACCAAAACAUGUUUCUUCGCGGCGACGCGAAAAUGCCGAGGAGUAA